UUAUCUUUUACGUUAUUAAAAUGGUACAAGUCGUACGGAUUUUAGCGUUCAUUGGCGCUAUUACCGGUACUGCUUCCACAUUCUUGAACUACCCACAUCAUUUAAACCGGUUAUUUGGUGUUAACGAUGAACCAGACACCGAACAAUCAAAAGAAAACCGCUCGCUUUGCGAUAGUAAACAAUGCCAAGAACUCGCUAAAAUAUUAAUGGAAGGCAUGGACGAAUCUGUGGACCCGUGCGAAAACUUUUACGAGUACGCGUGUGGAAAUUGGAAAGUACACAAUCCACUUCCUAAAAAUGAGAAAAUUUGGAACUUGAUGAAGAAAACUCAAAGCAUCGUUGACAAACGCCUUUUAGACAUAAUAGAACAAGAUCCAAGCCCUGAUGAUUUCUUAGGCCUGAGACUUACCAAACGAGCAUACAAGGCUUGCAUGAAUGCAGAUGAAUUAGACAAGAAUGGACUUCAAGGAAUCGUGUUCACCUUGGCGAGAGCAGGUGGUUGGCCAUUGAUAAUGGAAGAAGAUGAAUGGGACGAGCAGAUAUAUAAAUGGCAACAAGUGGACGAUUAUUAUGCGCGUUUAAUAGGAUUAAACAGUUUGCAUGACCUCAGCGUCGACCUGCUUGAUUGGGAAAACAUGAAGGGAACAUUAUUGCGUGUGAAUAACCCGCACUAUCCGAAGGGGGCGGACAGACUCGUGGGUUACGAUGAAGACGACAUGGACGACAGCGACGAAAUCAACGAAAGUGGAGAAGGCAGUCAGGAACGAGGCAGCGAGGAAGAACCUAACAGCGAAGAGAUCGAAGUCGAGGACGAGGAUGAUAAAUAUCAGAAACAACUGCAGAGAAGAGCAAACAAAAGGACCAGUGUUCAUCGAGGCAAGACGAAAGCGAGGAAGAGUACCGUGAGAAGAACUGCUCACAGUGUUCGUCAAAGCAAGGCGAAGUCGAGAGAAAGAUCGCCGAAACGUAUGCAAAGGUCUUUGGCUGUCGACAAGUCUCUGAGGAAGAGUAUCGUGAGAAGUAAACGGAGACACGAAGUUGCAAAUGAUGACAUGUAUUUUGACGAUGUGACGUAUAACGCGAGUAACGACGAUGAUGAAGAGCACGAAGAAGACAAUGAAGAGGACGAAGAAAAUGGUAGUGGUAGUGGCGGUUACAAUGAUGAUGAUGAACAGUACGAAGAAAAUGGUAGUGGUAGUGGCGAUUACAAUGAUGAUGACGAAGAGGACGAAGAAAAUGGUAGUGGUAGUGGCGGUUACUAUGAUGAUGAAUAUUAUGAAAGAAAAAGAAAAGAGAAACAGGAACGAGAACGAUUGAAGAAAGAAUACGCAGAAUACAUAUUAAAUGUUAGCUUGGCGCUUACUGAAGCCACAGGAGUCUCGAUACCGAAAGAGAAGCUCGAGGAAGAUAUUGGCGACUUGAUUAACUUUCAGAUAAGCCUCAUAAAGCUAAUAUACAAGGACGACCAAGGACAGAACUCCACACUUCGGUCGUUACAAAAGCUAUACGACGAUUUAAAACCUACUACGAGCAACGGCAAAAUCGAUUGGAUCAAGAAAGUACAAGAUUUGUUCGCCACAGGAGGAAUGGAAAUUGAUGACAAUGUGAAAAUAUUGAUUCCAUCUAACGGUUAUAUCAAGGGUUUUCGGAAGCUAUUGGACAGAACACCUAGCAGAACAAUCGUGAAUUAUAUACAUUGGAACUUUCUGAGCAGAGUAAUACAAGUUACUACGAAGGAAAUGAAGGAUCUGUAUAAUAAUUGGUCACAGAAGGAAAAAGAUCCCAACACGAGAUCAACUGAGUGUAUCGAAGAGAUAGAUGCGAAAUACUAUUUGGGAUACGAGUAUAUAAAACGCCAUUUUCCUGAUGAAAUUUUGAAAGCGGCGUUGGACAUGAUCGAUGAUAUCGAAAAGGAAGUCGAGUAUCAGAUCAAAGAAGCAACUUGGAUGAACAAUGAGGCCAGACAUUUUGUUUUGGACAAAUUGAUGUUCAUGAAGAAAAUGAUCGGUUAUCCGAAGCAGUAUCGAAACAGUACCGUCAUGAAAACUUAUUUCCGAGGACUCAGCAUUACUCCGUCGCGUUUCGAAAACUUUUUAAGCGUUAAGAGAUAUACCAAGCAACAGGAUCUAAAACUAUACUACUCCAUGGAAGAGUUUACUCUAUCAGAGUUCCCAAUGUUGAAUCCCUUGGACGUGAAUGCCUUCUUUGACCCCGUCAUGAAUACCAUUGAAAUAACAGCGGCAGAUUUUCGGAGCCCAUUGUUUGAUUUCCACCAUCCAUGGUAUAGCAACUUUGGUUUUAUAGGACACGUCAUGGCCCACGAAGUAAAUCACGGAUUCAAUAGUGGGGGUCUCGUGUUUGACAAAGAAGGUAAUUUUAUGGGAUUACCGGAUCCAAUGCAAGAGGAAUAUGAAAAACGAGCAGAGUGUUUUGUAGCUCAAUAUACUAAAUACAGCAUGGAGGAAAAUAGAACAGCAAAUAUUCCUUCAAUGAUUUAUGGCGAAGGAACUCAAGAAGAGAAUAUUGCGGAUUCGAUGGGCCUGCAAGUUGCUUUUAAAGCUUACCAACGAAGACAAAGAAAAUGUGCGAGACCGGAUCCCAUGUUGCCAGGAUUACAGAAUUUUACCAACGAACAAGUUUUCUUUUUAUCGUUCGCCAACAUAUUGUGCGAAGAUAUUGAUCUAGAAAAAGCCAAGGAACAAUUAAUGAAGGACCAGCACAGUUUGGGACCAUUAAGAGUAAUUGGAGUGUCUUUAGGCGCCAUUAUAAAUGCCAGUUUGUUUGACAUUCCUCGUGACUUGGAAAAUCUUUUUGGUUCGAGACGAGCUGUUACUGUUAAAACGGAAAAGAAAGAACGUUCGGUAUGCGAAUCCGAAGAAUGCAAAAUAAUUGCAAACGUGAUUAAGGAUGGUAUGGACGAAUCUGUGAACCCGUGCGACGAUUUUUACGACUUUGCGUGUGGAAAAUGGUCAAAUAAUAAUCCUAUUCCUGAAAACGCGACUUCGUGGAGUUUAUGGGACAUGGUGCAAAAGAAAGUUGAAAAACAGGUACAAGGAAUAAUAGAGGCUGAAUCAAAACCCGAUGACCUGUUUGCUGUGAAACUUGCCAAAAAAUGGUACAAAAGUUGCAUGGAUGAAGAGGCACAAGAAAGGAGAGGUCUCGAACCACUAUUGUCCACAUUGUGGAGACACGGUGGAUGGCCGUUGAUAAUGGAAGAAGGAGAGUGGGACGGACGCAUAUACAAUUGGCAAAUAGUUGACGACCAAUUUGCACGUUUGUUGGGAAUGAACUCACUUCAUGAUCUAUCUUAUCACCAAUAUACUUAUGAUGGCAACAGUUCGAUAAUAGUCAGAGACCCACAUUUACCACCGCAUAUAUACAAAAUUCUAUCUACGGACGAUAACUCCGACACGGAUAGCAGCGAUGAAAACAACGAAAGUGGAGAAGGCAGUCAGGAGCGUGGAAGCAAAGAAAAAGAGGACGACACGAAUGUAGACGACGAUGAGGAAGAUAGUGAUAAUGUAGAAGAUGAAGAGAAUAGUGAAGAUAACGAAAGUAAUGAAGAGAACGAAGAAGAAGAUACGAACGAAGAGAGAUUGCGAAAGAAGAAACUGGCCAGAAGGAAGACUCACAGACAGACGAGGAAAAGAACAAAAAGGGACAUUAUGAAGGCAAUAGCGUUUCACGAUAUGCGCAAAUAUAGAAAACAUGCCGAGCAUAGUGUUCAUCACAGUUCGAGGAGGACGAAAGGAACUUCGUCUAAACGUGGACAUUCGUCUGUAUCUCGUCACGAUAAAUCAUCCACAAAACAGAACAGUUUGAAGCACAAAGAAAAUAAGAAAAGCACGAAUGAUGAUGUGCACAGCCGAAGGAAUAGUAAGAGAAACAAAGCGGUAGGAAACCAUGUUCAUGAGAAGAAGACGAAAAACAAAUCAAAGGGUACGUCUAUGAAAACCAGUGUUCAUAGUAAUAAGCAGCAUACACGGAGGAAGAUUGAUAGCAAUCAUAGGAUUCAUCACGUUGGACAAAAGACGAAAGUAUCAAAACACGUAGACAAUAGGAUGUCUUCUAAGCGUAAUAAUGUUGAAAACGAAAGCAACAAUGAGAACGAUGAUGACAAUGAAAGUAAUAACGAAGAGAGUGAUAAUAACAGCAACGAUAACGAGAUUGAUAAGGAAAAUAAUGACGACAGUGUUAAUGUUAGCAACGACGAUGACGAAAAUACUGAAGACGACAGUGCAGAUGAAGAUGACGACGAAGGCAACGAUGAAGAAGACGACAGCAAUGACGAGGACGAUGAAGGAGAGGAUAAUGAUAAGGAAGACGAAGACGAAGAUGAGGACGUAGAUAAAGAAGAAGAAAGGAGAUUAGAGAUAGAGAAAUAUAAAGACUAUAUAUUUAAUGUUUCUUUACUGCUUUCUAAAGCCAGAGGAAUAGAAGUACCAAAAGAAAAAUUGAAGACGGAUAUUGCAAGCCUGGUCGAAUUCGCAAUUAAAUUGGCAGAUAUUUCAAUUUAUUUCGAGCAAGAAAUAAAACGAAAAGACGAUGAAAACAACGAAAGCGGAGAAGGCAGCCAGGAGCGUGGAAGCAAAGAAAGGCGGAAAAAUGAUAAUGAAGAUGAUGAUGAUGUAGAAGAUGAAGAGAAUAGUGUAGAUAACGAAGAUAAUGAAAAGAACGAAGAAGAAGAUACGAACGAAGAGAGAUUGCGAAAGAAGAAAUUGGCCAGAAGGAAGACUCACAGACAGACGAGGAAAAGAACAAAAAGGGACAUUAUGAAGGCAAUAGCGUUUCACGAUAUGCGCAAAUAUAGAAAACAUGCCGAGCAUAGUGUUCAUCACAGUUCGAGGAGGACGAAAGGAACUUCGUCUAAACGUGGACAUUCGUCUGUAUCUCGUCACGAUAAAUCAUCCACAAAACAGAACAGUUUGAAGCACAAAGAAAAUAAGAAAAGCACGAAUGAUGAUGUGCACAGCCGAAGGAAUAGUAAGAGAAACAAAGCGGUAGGAAACCAUGUUCAUGAGAAGAAGACGAAAAACAAAUCAAAGGGUACGUCUAUGAAAACCAGUGUUCACAGUAAUAAGCAGCAUACACGGAGGAAGAUUGAUAGCAAUCAUAGGAUUCAUCGCGUUGGACAAAAGACGAAAGUAUCAAAACACGUAGACAAUAGGAUGUCUUCUAAGCGUAAUAAUGUUGAAAACGAAAGCAACAAUGAGAACGAUGAUGACAAUGAAAGUAAUAACGAAGAGAGUGAUAAUAACAGCAACGAUAACGAGAUUGAUAAGGAAAAUAAUGACGACAGUGUUAAUGUUAGCAACGACGAUGACGAAAAUACUGAAGACGACAGUGCAGAUGAAGAUGACGACGAAGGCAACGAUGAAGAAGACGACAGCAAUGACGAGGACGAUGAAGGAGAGGAUAAUGAUAAGGAAGACGAAGACGAAGAUAAGGACGUAGAUAAAGAAGAAGAAAGGAGAUUAGAGAUAGAGAAAUAUAAAGAUUAUAUAUUUAAUAUUUCUUCAGUACUUUCUAAAGCCAGAGGAAUAGAAGUGCCAGAAGAAAAACUGAAGAAGGAUAUUGCAAACCUGGUCGAAUUCAUAAUUAAAUUGGCAGAACUUUCUUCUGUGGUUUAUAUCUACGAUUCUAAAGAAAUUUCAACAACACUUGAUUCUUUCCAAGAAUUGUACGACUCAUUCAAACCUAUUACAGCUAAUAGCAAGGUAAAUUGGAAAAGAAAAGUGCAUAAAUUAUUUGACGAAGCAGGUGUAGAGAUCAAUGAUGACGUAGAUAUUCUUAUAAAUACUCCUGAGUAUUUUGAAAAUCUUCGUUCGUUGCUUGAUGAAACACCGAGCGAAACAAUUGUCAAUUAUGUUCACUGGUAUUUUGUUGAGAAACUAGCAUAUAUCAUAGAAGAUUUGCGAGGAAUAGCUGAAAACUGGAUGGGAAUGACGAUAUUUGAAUCCAGAGAGGAACUAUGCGUAGGACUUUUAGAAAUGAAUUCAAUAGUGGGAUAUGAAUACGUCAGACAGCAUCUCCCGGAAGAGAGAGAGAAAAUGGCCAGAGAUAUGGUCGACGAUAUACAAAAGGAAGUCGAGUAUCAGAUUAAAGAAGCGACGUGGUUGGACGAGGAAACAGAACACUUCAUUUUAGAUAAAUUAGUGAACAUGAAAAAUCUAAUUGGUUAUCCAAAGUGGUAUUUAAACGAUACGCUUGUGAAAAAACACUUCCACGGGCUCACGGUUGGUCCAUCGUUCUAUGAAAAUAUGCUGCAAUACGCCAGAUAUGCAAAAUGGGAUAGUUUACGAGAAAUAGAGGAGCAGGAUGAUGACGAAGAUGUCAUGAAUCCGCUUGAGUUGAAUGCUUUUUUCAUGCCGACUGAAAAUUCCAUCUCGAUCACCGCAGUAGAUUUACAGAGUCCCCUCUUUGCACUCAACAGACCAUGGAGUGUUAAUUAUGGUAUAAUUGGGGUUGUCAUGGGACACGAAGUGAAUCAUGGAUUCGAUGAUUCUGGUCGCGUCUACGAUAGAGUAGGAUCACCGAUGGAAUGGUUAGCAGCAAUGGCUGCAGCUUACGAUCAAAGAGCUCUGUGCUUCGUUGAUCAGUUUAACAACUACAGUCUAGUCAAAGGGGAAAAUGAAACGAUCGAGGGGUAUGGUAACCAAACGAUAGGUGAAAAUAUCGCCGAUACAAUGGGCUUGCAGGCUGUAUAUAGAGCUUAUCAACGAAGGGAACGAAAGUGUGUACAACCAGACCCAGCAUUGCCAGGACUAGAGAAAUUCAGCAACGAUCAAACUUUCUUCUUGUCGUUUGCAAAUUUAUGGUGCGAAGCUGAAGAUCCUGAAUCGGCGUUAAGAAGUGCCAAAUACGACGUGCAUAGCACAGGACGUCUCAGGGUUAUUGGUUCAGUGUCGAACUCAGAUGACUUCGCCAAAGCUUUCAGUUGUCCUGUGGGUAGUCCCAUGAACCCUGAAAAGAAGUGCAAUAUAUGGGAAUAAUUUAAACAUAUUUAUGUAUUGAAAGUUCGACGUUUCAAUUUACAAUCUUAAAAGUCUAAUGUUAUUCAAAACUGAAACGAAGUACUUGUAUACAUUUAUUCGUAA